GACUCUAAGUUUCUGGGAGCCGCUGCGUCCGAGAUCCGACAGGUGGGAUGACCAAUCACGCGUCACACUCCAACGGCAUGCAGAGCCUCCGGAAGGAGCACCUGUACAAGGUGCUGGUGAUCGGAGACCUGGGGGUCGGGAAGACUUCUAUCAUCAGGCGCUACGUGCACCAGACCUACUCAACCAACUACCGAGCCACCAUCGGAGUGGACUUCGCCCUGAAGGUGCUGAACUGGGACUCUGAGAUUGUCCGGCUCCAACUGUGGGACAUUGCAGGUCAGGAGCGGUUUGGAAACAUGACCCGAGUGUACUACCGUGAAGCCAUGGGAGCCUUCAUUGUGUUCGACGUGACACGGCAUACGACCUUUGAGGCCGUCAUCAAGUGGAAAGAGGACCUGGACUCUAAACUAAUGCUGGCAGAUGGACAGAGCAUUGCCACUGUGCUGCUGGCUAACAAGUGUGACCAGGGCAGGGAGCUGAGCAACAACAGCAUCAAAAUGGACCAGUUCUGCAAAGACCAUGGCUUUGUCGGCUGGUUUGAGACCUCUGCUAAGGACAAUCUCAACAUCGCUGAAGCCGCAAACUUCCUGGUCAAGCACAUCAUGGCCACAGAGAGCGACAUCCUGAAAAGCGUGAAACCAGACACCAUCUCGCCUCAGCUUGACCCCAACAGGCAGAUGAGCUGCUCCGGCUGCUUCAAAUAACGAGAGGAGGUGAACGAUGGCGAGGCCGAACGGAACAGAGACACAGCGGGACAGAGAGGGACAGGCACACCACACGGCCCUCCGAGCCUUAGCUGCGGUACAGUUUGGCUUCUUUGGUCCAAACCAGAGUUGGAGACUUUAGUUUUCCACGUGUUUGUGUUCUCAGUACAAGCGAACCAGAGUUUUUGGAACCUAGAAUCACAUGGACUCAGAGUUUUUGGCAACUCGUCAUGCUGCAAGUUUAAAGUUCUUGCCUCUGUUUACCUUCACCUCCACACACACUAGGUGAAAAGAUGAGACUUCUCGUGCCGAUGGUCUGCAAGAACCAAAGAAAGCCACUAUUAGUGGAUCCCAGAGUUGCUCUUGUAUAUUUAUGUGAAUUUUGCACAUGCAUUGCUUUUUUUAUCAUCAUUUUAAUUUAUUUACUCCGUGCUUUUAUGAGUGUAAUGCUCGUUAACGUGUUAUGUUUUACAUGUGCUUAAAACCUUUCCGACAACUGACUAUUGUGUAAAGCGUGUUUAAAACCAGACGUUUUCAAUAACUACGUAUUCUUAUUCAUAGCAACAGCCUGGUCAGACCAAGCUGCUGCAAAGAAAAGGAGAGUUAAACACACGCACAAACAUCCUAGCAUCUGCCUGGUGUAACUAGUCUUUUUAUAGCCGGUGGUUGGUUCCACGGGAGUCAUUCAGGUUUAAGUAAUCAAAGGUGUGACGCCCGUCCUGCUGAUUUGGAUGCUUUCCUGACCAACCCCUGUGGGCAAUUGGCUGAUUAAGCUCACCUGGGCCCGUAGGCUUUGCCUCUCCCUUCCUGUAGCUCACAUCCGCCCCGCAUCACCGUCUUUCGGUUUGCACCCGUAAUGCCUCCAUAGCACAUUAGCCACACAUCCAUGCACUGCUUUCAUUGCUCAGCUGCACACUCUUGCUGUAAAUUAUCGUCGUUUUAAGUAAAUCUCUUCCUUGGACUCCCUCCCCCUUAAUGAAUUCCCUGAGCCAGUUUGGGACAAAAGGCUUGUCAGACAUGUUUGCUUGUUAAUGGAAGAGAGCCGUUGUCCCUCUGUCUAAAAUCUGCUGUCAUAGCCAAGAUCUUUGUAUGAGAGCGAUGUCUGCUUUUCCUUCUGAGUGCGGGCUAAUUUGUGUUUGUGUGUAAUUUGUCUUCGUCAGGAGGGAAAUUGUGUUGAUUGUCUGGAUGUAAGCUGGACAUUCUCAUGAGUUCACUUGCCAAAGCUGAACCCUCUGUAUCCAUGGUAACUAGAUCAAGUCGUUUUUUAUGGGUAUCCUCUAACGUCUUUGUGAAGCUAUUUCUCGCUGAACCCACAACCAUACAGACACACACACACACGUAUACACACACACAGAUUUUUUUUUUCCACCCUCCGUGUCCUUGUUGCUUUUUUUACCUCAUCUUUUCUCCUCUCCCACUCCGCUCCAUCCUCCGUUAUUGUUUCUCAUCCUGGAAAAUUCUCUGUCCUCUCUAAAUACGACUGCUUCCAGUAUCUUGCUUUUGUAUGUCCCCUGCCCCUUUUCUCUCACAUUCAGUAUGUGCGGCACACUUUAGAAACUGCACAGGCUCGACUACACACCCACAGAUGCAGCACUUUUAUUGAUCUUCCAACCAGUUGACUCUGGCUGCAUGUAUGUGAAGUUGCUUUCCUCUUUUUUGGCAACCCUGCACCUCUGUAUUACUUGGUAGUAGUGUCUUCUAAAAGGCUGGGGAGUUUAAUCCACUGUCAUCAGCAUCUACAUAUACUGAAGUUUACAUAUGACUGCAUCCCUAGGUGUAAAAUGUGCCAAAGCUGGAUACAAUAAGUAGGUUUGUUGCCAUUUACGCAAAUGCACAGUAGGUGCAUGCCAUGACAUGCUACAUUGUUUCCUGUGGUGGCUGUUCAUCAGCAGUGCUUGCACGGUGUUUGAAAGCCCGAUCACAACAGUGUCAUGUGCUGCUGUGUGAGUCCUUAGUGGUAGUUUUCAGCACACACAUGAGAGCCUGACAGACCCAAACAAUGCAGUUACAAUGUCACAGUGUUCACUUGGCUCAUCAUGAGGCUGUGUGACAUCAUGCAGCAUGUGACAUCAGCACGGUGUCACACUAUAGAUGUUUGAACUGAUUAGAGCUCACACACACACACACACACACAUGCGCCUGUCUGUGCGGGACAAUACUGUCUGCAGCUGAUUGCGACAC